AUCCAGUCAUUAGGGUUCGUAAUUGUAGGGUUUUUGAAUACGCCGCAUAUAUAAACCUGCAUUUUCUUCUUUGUAUAGCCUUCUAAGCAGAGCAAGGAGAGGUAAGGGGAAAGAAGUGUAGCUCCGAACUCUAAGCAAUGGCUCCUAAGACAAGAACUCCGAAGGUUAACAGAAACCCAGAUCUCGUGCGAGGAAUUGGUAAGUACUCGAGGUCUCAGAUGUACCACAAGAGAGGCUUAUGGGCUAUCAAAGCCAAAAACGGCGGCGUCUUCCCUAAGCACGACCCUAAACCUAAGCCAGCUGCUCCCGCUGAAAAGCCACCCAAGUUCUACCCUGCUGAUGAUGUUAAGAAACCUUUGCUUAACAAGCGAAAACCCAAACCUACCAAGCUCAGGGCUAGUAUCACUCCAGGUACUGUUUUGAUCAUUCUUGCUGGAAGGUUCAAGGGCAAGAGAGUCGUGUUCCUUAAGCAGCUUUCUUCUGGGUUGCUUUUGAUCACUGGGCCAUUUAAGAUUAAUGGGGUCCCUCUGAGGAGAGUGAACCAAUCUUAUGUAAUUGCAACUUCUACGAAGGUUGAUAUCUCUGGGGUUAAUGUUGACAAGUUUGAUGACAAAUUCUUUGCCAAGCAAGCUGAGAAGAAGAAAAAGAAGGGAGAGGGCGAGUUCUUUGAGGCCGAGAAAGAUGAAAAGAAUGUUCUUCCACAAGAAAAGAAGGAUGAUCAAAAGACUGUGGAUGCUGCAUUGAUUAAAUCAAUUGAGGCUGUUCCAGAAUUGAAGGCUUAUUUAGCUGCUAGAUUUUCUCUCAAGGCAGGAAUGAAGCCCCAUGAACUUGUCUUCUAGACUGGAAAAAAGUGUUAGGAUUGUGUUUCCAUGACUUUUUUGAAUAGUGGUUGUACUGUUUCAUUUUUGGCAAUAGACGGAUUUAUGAACUUAUAUGACUAUGAAUUGUCCAAGGGAUUUUUCCUUUUUCCCA